UUACUUCCUGAGGAAGACACUGUUGUGGGUUGGUUUAGAGCUUGAGUGCAAUGCCUUCCACGUGCCCGUCCUGCGCCAACUGCAGCCGUGAUGAUUCUUUACUUUACCCAGGAGGGAUACAGACCGAGCAAGUGAUGCCGCUCGUCAUUUCUCUUUUUUGGCAACACCUGCGCGAUCAUCCCACGAGAAACCAGCUUCCUGGUUGAGAGCGAGUUUCCGUCGAGUUUGAGAGUGACCGAGAAUGGGUCAGACCCUAUCUUGUGAUGAACUGAAGGGGUCGUGGCGGUGACAACAGGGUCGCACUUCGAUUAUGGAGACUUGGUGCUCUUCACCUGACUGGAGAGCUUGCGCGUGGCCAGAAGCCCUUCUCUAGACGAAAUUCGGAGUUCGAUCACCGAAUUGAAGGAUCACUGGAGUUGGAUUAGAACAUUUCAUUUUAAGCGGUGGAUUCGAGAAAAAAUUUAGUGCACUGACGUCGAUGGUUGUGAAUGCUUUGGAGAAAUUAAAAUAUUUUGUUUAGUGAUUCGCACAGCUUCACCAAGGAUUUAUCACACUCUCUCUCUCUCUCUGUCGCGCGCGCGAUUGAAUACAGCCCUUUGCUUGCGCGGUGACGGAUUGUUCAAUGUUUUGUCCUCGAUGGUGAUAAGACCUUGACGAUACAGAAUUGCCGCGGUUGGACCAAAUACAGUCAAUGUGACCGAGGUCCAGAUUGUUGUAGAUUUCUGAGUAUGCGAAUAAACGUCCACAACUUCCCCAACAAGGUUGGAGGGUGGUGGCCAUGGCCAUGGCCUGGAGGAGACGACGACGACGACGACGGUCAGGCGGAUGUGGCUGACCUAAACCCGGUGCUGCUAGUGCCUGGAAUUGGAGGCUCCAUCCUGAAUGCCGUGAACGAGAAGGGUCGCGUGGAGCGUAUCUGGGUGCGGCUCUUCGCCGCAGACCAUGAGUUUCGGGCCAAGCUUUUCUCACUCUAUGAUCCUCUCACGGGAAAGACCAAUUCUCUGGAUCCCAACACUACCAUUGAGGUUCCCGAUGAUCGUUACGGGCUUUAUAGCUGCGAUAUCCUCGACCCGGCUGUGAUAUUCCGGAUGGACGAUGUCUACUACUUCCAUGAUCUGAUCAAGCAACUUACAGACUGGGGCUACCAGGAAGGCACCACGUUAUUCGGCUUCGGCUACGACUUCCGGCAAAGCAACAGGUUGGCGGAGCACAUGGAUAAAUUUAAAGCGAAGUUGGAGAGUAUGCACAAAGCAUCUGGGGGCAAGAAAGCUGACAUCAUCUCUCACUCCAUGGGCGGUGUCUUUGUCAAAUGCUUUCUGGCUCUUCACCACGAUUUCUUUGAGCAGCAUGUAAAUAGCUGGAUUGCAAUCGCGGCCCCCUUUCAAGGUGCUCCCGGAUUCAUUAUGGAUUGCCUGCUCACCGGCGUGGAGUUCGUCAAGGGUUGGCAGCGGCAGCUCUUUGUGGCUAAAUGGAGUAUGCAUCAACUGUUAAUAGAGUGCCCUUCGGUGUACGAAAUGAUGGCUUCUGAAGACUUCCCAUGGGCUGAACCCCCUGAGCUACGCUUGUGGCGGAAACAAAGUAGUGGUGAGGAUAGAGAAAAUACUAAAACUGAAUCAGUUUUGGAACGAUACGGACCGAAAGUUUAUCUCGAAGUAAUGAGUGCCGCACUCCGAGGAAACACGAUGAAUUUCAACGGAGAAAUCAUUCCCACACCCAUGAACACGGAAAUCCUCAAGUGGGCGGAGAAAACCAGGCGCAUUCUCGAAAUUUCUGAGAUGCCUGCCAGCUGCAAGUUUUACAAUAUCGUGGGGACCUCGAAUGACACUCCUUUCCACACCUGCUACGGCACCAAGGAGAAUCCAAUUGAGCAGCUCACCGACAUCCUUGAAUUGGAGGCUAAUUUCUCCUUCGUGGAUGGGGAUGGGACCGUUCCUCUUGAGUCAUCCAUGGGCGAUGAAUUGAAUGCUGCCAUGAGAAUCGGCAUACCCGGGGAUCAUCGUGGCAUCCUGAAGGACGAACGCCUCUUUCGGAUUUUGAAACACUUUCUGAAAGUGGGUGAGCCAGACCCUUUCUAUGAUCCAAUGUGGGAUUUCGUUUUUAUUCCAAGGCCCAGCUUGAAGCACGAGCUCGACCAUGGCGUUAACCAAAGCAGCGCCGUGGAUGUUGGUUUCGAGACCUGGAAGCUGAUUGUCUGUGAAGAAAGUGUGGAGACUGUCCAGCAAGUCAUCGAGACGGACGAACAUUGCGUGAUCUCGACCACUACGUCAGGUUCCAGAUUGUUGGACAAAGACUCAGUAGAGCCGGUAGUGGCACGCAAUCGGACAUCUUGGUUUUGGAGACGACACAUAUGAUGUACUGUCUAUUGUGAAUGACCAUCGAUGCAUUUUGGACAUUCAUUUGUAUUUACUUUCUCCUGUCCCAUUGCCGGUGACAUGCAAAUAUAUCGGCUAAAUUGUGGACAAGAUUCAAAUAUUUAAGACUGUCAUUAUUGACGAUUAUCGGAUAGGCUCAAUCUGCCAAGCCACUAUUGACUGUUCAGAUUCAUUUACUGUAUAGAAGUUAGCUGAACUCCGGUGGGCUACGCGAACACUUUGUUCGCCAUAUGGAGUACAAUGUAUCAUAUACUUCUGUAUUAUGGUGUGACCCAAAUUUGGCCAUCUGUUGUUUCCAUCGCAA